AUGUACAUCAAAAACCCCGAUCUGACCAAGCGCGACACCGACUCGGACGACGAAGAUUGGAGCCUCUUCUUCUUCACCCCUUCCCUCGCCGCUGCGAUCCUCUUCGCCGUGCUGUACCUCAUCCCACUCAUCUACCACAGCUACAUCUCCUGUGUUGCCUACAAGAAGACGAGCAACAAGUACUUCCGCUACAGCUUCUCGGCGCCUAUAAUCAUCGCCACGCUGAUCGAGAUCAACGGGUACGCGCAGCGCAGUGCGAGCACACAGUCCGUGCAGGAUAUCGGGCUCUUUGCAACGAGUCAGACGAUGAUUGUCCUUGCGCCGGUGCUUGUUUGUGCGAGUUUGUACGUGCUCUUGGGCCGGGUGAUUCGGUCGACUUGUUCACCACAGCCACAACCGCAAGGGCAUGGGCAGGAUCGAGGUGGGAGGAGGCGGAGGAGACGCACUGGGACGGGUACCGGUAUUGCUAGGGAAGAGGAAGGAAGAGCAUCUGAGAAAGCCGCCGACGCAAAAGUCGCAGGCUUCAUCCGCAUCUCGCACCUCCCCAAGAUCUUCAUCACGCUCGACGUCGCGGCCAUGCUGACACAGGGCGGGGGGAGCGCGAUUGCGGCGUCGGGAGAGUGGGAGGGGACACUCGAGGAGAUUGGGACGGGCGUGUUGAUUGGUGGGUUAGCGCUGCAAGUCGCGACAUUCAGUGCGUUUCUUGCAGUGGUCAUCAAGUUCCAUCGACGGGUUCUGGAGAGGAGGGAGGAGGGGAUGCGCAUGGUUCUGAGGGGCGUUUAUAUUGCGGGGUUCUUUAUCAUGGUCCGCUCCAUCUUCCGUCUGAUUGAGUUUGCACUUGGUACAGAAUCGUAUGUCAUGACGCAUGAGUGGCCGCUGUAUGUGCUUGAGGCGGUGCCGAUGCUGAUUGCGUUCAUGGUGCUGGGGUGGUAUCAUCCGUCUAGGUGGCUUUCCGCUGAGGCUUCGGGGGAGUCGAAGGCGAGGGCGUGGUAUGAGAGGCAUCGGGGUGGGUUCUUUCAGAAGUAG